UUUUCAACCCUAAUGCCAUGGAUAUCAAUCCGAAAAAUCAAACUGUUGUGCCAGACGAAUACCUUGGCACAGUACGAUCGGUGCGUCCCCUGAGUCCAGCUUCGCAACACAAGACUGACAUCAUCUUGCAGCAACUGGCCCCUUACUAUAAGUACCAUGGCAUCAACAUUCAAACCAGCUUUGAAGAUUUUGAUAUGCACAACAUAGGCCUAGUGACUGACAGUCAGUUUUACAGAAGCUUUCCACGACCCCCUGGCUUGGAUGAGAAUGAUCUUCGAUUGUUGGCUCGUCGAUACCUUGACCCUGAUAAACCUAGUCUUUGUAACUACCUUAAUUUGCACCAUGACUUGGAGAAGAUCCAGGAGAAGAGUGAAGACCACCUCUUUGCUGCUCCCCCUCCAGCUUCAUAUAACAUUCCCAGAGAGAAUGUGCCUAGUGGAACCACCCAACAGCUCUUUAGUAAGAUCCAAGUUGCUGUGCACAAGAAUGGAGUGCGUACCACAGAAUUCUUCAAAGACCAUGACCUAGAGAUCUCCACGAAUGUGCCUAGUGGAACCACCCAACAGCUCUUUAGUAAGAUCCAAGUUGCUGUGCACAAGAAUGGAGUGCGUACCACAGAAUUCUUCAAAGACCAUGACAAGCUGCGAAGUGGUGUUAUCACAGAAAAUCAGUUUGUAUGCGGUUUGAUGUUGUGCAUCGGUAAGGAGGCAUAUCUUACGAGAGGAGAAGUACAGCACCUCGUUGAUAUUUAUAAGACCAAGGAUGGACGAGUAUGUUACAAGGACUUUUGUGAUUUGAUGGAAAAUGCAUUUAACGAACCCCAUCUUGAGAAGAAACCAGAAUUUGAAGUGGUGCGACCUCCACAGGGUGCUCUCUCUCGUUCAUUGAACCCACUGACGGAGAAAGAAGAAGCACGCGUACAGGAGGUACUCAAGACACUGGGAGAAGACGUUAAACGAAGACGACUGAUGAUGUUUCAAUACUUCAAGGAUUUUGAUAGGGCAAGUCAAACAUUAUUGAGAGCAUGCACGUGUAAAGCCCUGUCCAGACUAUUAAAUUUUACAUAUGGUCAUGAUGACAUCACAUCAUGUCCAUAUAUAGGCACAUCAUGACUAUAUAUGGGCAUACAGCAGUAUUUUAUGGUCAU